UAAAAAAGCACGCAGAGGUGAAGGAUGCGCACGCACGCUCCCGUGCGUCUCCUUCUUCACCGCCCUUCCACCCCCGUCCCCGAUCCCCAAACCCUAGGACCCUCUUCAGAUCCCGCUCCCGGUCACUUCGCUGCCUGCUGCGCCUCCGUCCGCGCGCCUGAUUCGCAGCCAUGCGGAUCCGCAGGGCUGCUUCCAGGCUGCUCGGCUCGGCCUACUCCUCCGCCGCCCAGGCGGCCGACGCCGAACCGCCGCCUGCUGCGAGCGGAAUCCUCCCGCCGCCGCCGCCCGUGGGAGCGUGCACCGCCGUGCACGUGGCCGGUCUCGGCGGCCCUGCCGUCGCUCCAGAGGGGGUCUGCGAGCUGAGCCUGUCGCCGUGGGAUCUGCCGUGCGAGCUCGAUGAGUCCAGUGAUCCCCAGAACAUGCAGCAGGAGGUCCAGGCGGAGGCUCCAUUUGACAAAUACUUUGUGCACAUCCCCCGAUGGCCAAGCUUUGAGUUCAGCAGCAAGGAAGACGAUACGAUGGGACUGAACGACAAGAUCAGGGAGCACGACGAUGUCAAGGUCGUCAGUGAUCAGAAGCCUGCGGAUGACAAUUCGAAGAAAGACGGCGUGGCGGCGAAGACGACGACGACGGCGGCGGCGACAAGAAAGGGGAAGGAGGAUCGCACGGUGCUCCAAGCUGAAGAAAGCGAGGACAAGAAGCCAGACAUCUUCUUCUGCAAGAAGAAUGACGGCAGGAAAUGGCGCUGCCGGAGCGUCGUCGACGAGCCCAACACCCUGUGCGACUACCACCUAGCGCGGAGCCGCUCAUGCUGCAUCACCCCAAGCUGCCACGAUGCAGUAUCAAGCUACCACCUAGUAGCUGCGCCGGCAGCCAGCUCAAAGGCGUCAGCCAUUGGCAAGGCGGCUCUCGCCAAGCCAUCCUGCAGGUCAAGACCAACCACCGCCGGUGCAGCAUCAAGCUCCAAAGCAGUUGCACCAGGCAAAUCCAAAGCAGCAACAUCCUCAACCAGGCCGACCUCCCAGAGACGCAAGAGGAAGUCGACCAAUGGUAAUGGUAAUGGUAAUGGCUCGUGUGGUGAUUACUACUUCUACGAUCUCUUCGGCCCGUUCCGUGGAAAGGAUCGUCGAAACAGCAGCAGCCAUCGGCCGGCUUCAGCUGGUGCAGAAGACGAGGAACACCUGCAGCAGCAGCAGCAUAAUAACCUGGAUGGUGAUAACCUGUCCAACGAAUCCUCGAUCACCGGUGGCGACAAGGAGAACGAUGGGGACUACGUCGUUCGUGGUGGCGGUGCCGGCAACGGGAAAGGGAAAGGGAAGAUGUCGGCGGUGGAGAAGGUGCAAUUCCCGAAGAUAACGAAGAAGCGCAUCAAAGAGCGGUCACUCAAGUCGCUGCUGUAGAGUUGAGGAGUUGGCCUAUGUCCAGGAGAGUUCUGGUUUGCAGGUGAUGUUGCAAAGCCGCUGCCCCUACUGGCCCAAAAACUUGCGAUUAUCGUUGUAAAAAAACCGUUGAAAAUCACAAUAAUCGUGCUCCGUGGGGUAGCGGUUUGGAUUUCUCCGUGGAAAUGCGAACUCUGGUGUUGCCUGUGUAUUGUGUAUGGAUUUUCUUAUCUUACUUUGUUUGUGAGCUAAUAAAAUUGAAGUUAGGGCUCGUUGAAAUCGGCCAAUAUUGGUGUAGAUGAAUUGUAGUAGGGCCAUCAGCUAUAUUAUUAAUAAAACUACAAUGAGUAU